AUGAGUAAAAAUGAAUUCAAGUCAGCCGCAUUUCAAAAAUCAACAUUACGUAAAAAAACUAUCAAUAAACAAAAUACCGAGAUAGAAAAAAUUGAUGAAUAUAAUUUUAUUCAUUGUCAUGGAGAAAUUCAUUUUCCUGGAUGUGAAGAACCUGUCAAGUAUAUUCGCACAGAUCAACGUAAUACUCAAGAUCAAUGGAAGCGAAUUUUAACCGAGAAAUGGAAUUUAAAACCACCAACAUUAAUUAUCAGUAUUCUUAGUUCACAUGCUGAAUUAACUAAACGUUUUAAAAACACAUUGAAAAAAGGUUUAUGGAAAGCUGCUGAAGGAUCAGGAUGUUGGAUUAUAACUGAUGGUUUUGAUCAUGGAAUGACAAAAGUUGCCGGAGAAGCAGUACGUGAUUACACUGAAGCUUACGGGAAUGAUCAUAUGAUAAUGGUUGGUAUUGCACACACUGAACGAGUGACUUAUCAAGAGUUAUUUGAUUUAGCUCAUCAAGGGACUAGAAGUAAAGAUAUUUCUUCAAAUGUCUUAUAUCCAGAUCCUUUGUCUGACGAGGAAACCGAGGAUGUAACAAACACAGCAACUACUUCCAUUGAACCAGAUUUAUGGCAAUUCAAUGAAUCCGGUCAACAGAUAGACAAUGCAGCAAUUAAAUUAUCCAACAAAUCACUUACUAAAACAAACACUUAUCGUUUAAAUUCAAAUCAUCAAUUUCUGGUACUUAUCGAUCCAAUACCGAAACAAACGCAAACAUUAGAAGAUCGACUCUUAGAAGCUCGUGUUAUGUUAGAACGGACUAUAAUCACAUGGGCAAAACCAUCAUCACGUUCCACAUGUGAAGGUAGUGGUGGUUCAACAAAGACCAGCACUCAAUCCAUAUUAAAUAAAAGUAAAAAAUUACGGAAAAAAGAACAAAAGUCUAAACCUCCAGAAGAAUCUCUCCUGCCAAUUACAUCCAUUACUCCAAGACCGUCAGCUACGUUGCCAUCGUUAGCCGAUGGUCUGAUAGGUCAAACAAUCAGACGACAAAGUCAUAUAUAUACACAUACACAAAAUAUGAAAAAAUCUGGAGUUAAAGAAUUAUUACCUCAAAGAGAUGAAUCGAAUGAAAAUCAAUUGGUUGAUAAAGAAAUCAAUAUUUUGCAGAAUAUAUCACAAGAUGAAAAUAAUUCAACUAGUCAAACAACUGUUCGAGUUCCAAUAUGUGGUAUAGUUGGAGGUGGAAAUAUUGCUACAUUAGAUCAGAUUUAUGCUUCAGUGACAUUGAAUCGUUGUCCAAUGGUACUUGUUCGAGGUACUGGUGGAGUAGCUGAUAUCUUAUCGAAUGUUCUCGAUUUCAUGAGUUUUAAAGAUACACUGGAAGAGACAUUCACUGAUCAAGAAAUUGAUUACAAAAUAGCUAGUAUCAUACAAGAAGUUCAAGAAGAUGCACGACGUAAUAAACAUGGUAGACCAUUGAAAAAAUUCGAUAAAUCCACGAAAUCCAUGGACAAACCAAUCAAUAUCACUAUUAAUCCACCAACAGACAAUGUCAGCAAGCCAUUAUCAUCAACAACUGGACCCAAUGAAUCAGCAGUCACUUAUACAAUGAUCAAUAUGAAAGAAUAUGAAUCACAAGUGUAUCGAUUAAAAGAAUUAGCUGAUGAUUAUGCACAUUUAUUCUCUGUAUUUGAAUAUGAUGAUAUUGAUUUAGAUGGUUAUAUGAUAUCAGCAUUAUUAAGUAGUGCUGGAAUUGAUCGACCAAAAAAUGAACUGAAUCUUGACCAGUUAGAAAUAACUAUCCGUCUAAAUCGAGCUGAUAUUGCACGAACAAAAAUUUUUCUUGAAGGAAAACGUUGGAAAAAAGGUGAUUUGAAUGAAUUCAUGUUCAAUGUUAUUUUGAAUGAACAAACAGAUUUUGUUCGAUUGAUUUUGGAGAAUGGAUUUAAUCUAGAUGAUUUUCUUACUGUGCAUACACUAGAAAGAUUAUAUACUGAAUGUUUAAAAAAGACUGAUUAUAAAUCAAGAUUAUUACAACAAUUAUGGAAAAAUUCUAGAAUUUAUAAAAUGGAUUGGGUUAUGCUUAGAGAUAUUGGUAGAAUAAUAAAAAAUUUAUUAGGAGAUUUUUAUCAUCCAUUUUAUUUAUCAAAACGUUUUCAACAUUCAGUUGUAGAACAUGGUUAUUGUGAUUCAAGUGAUGAAGAAGCAACUAAUGAAGAUUAUGAAAAACAACCAGGUAAAGUCAUCACAUCCACGUCAACAUUGAAAGCUGUCGAACCAAUACCGAUAUCAUUCAAUGUUGAUGAAAAUUCCGAUGUUGAGAAAUCUGCGGAUCACCAUGAUGACAGUAAAGAAAAUAACAAUCAAUUCGAAGAGAAAUCUUCAUCGCAUGAUCGCAGUAAAACAUCAGAAAAACAUGUUCAAUCGAAGCGUGCAUUAAAUCAUCCACGUGGAAGAACUGAUGAUGCAGAAGAUGGUACAAGUUAUACAUCGUCAAAUAAUUCAUCUGAAACAAAAUUAAUUAAAUCACCAUCACAGAGUAGAACAAAAUCACGUAGGUCAGUUAGCGCUGAUACAAGAAGUGAAGUUAGAAAUGGUAGUAGAAGUAGUAGAUUAAAACAACCAACAGUGAAUGAUAUUGUUCAAAGAUCAAUAUCAAACAAUGGAAGACGAUACAUUGUGAAGCCAGUAGUUGGUGCAAAUAAUCGUAGGAAUUAUUAUUAUUAUCAAAAUGAUAAUUAUGAAAAUGAUCAGAGUAGUAUGAUGAAUGGUAUGAUAAUGGGUAAAAAACGUCUUAUCACCACAUCACAAUAUUUAAAUGAAACAAAUGAUAUUGUACCAAAAGCACGUGAAGAUAGUUUUCUAGAUAGGACAUUUUCCAGCGCAGAUGAUAAGAAGCUUUCAAGUAAUUCGAAUGAAUUCAACUCAUCAAUUCAAGAAAAUGCUACAGUCAAUAUCAUAGUUCAAUCGCAUUCUUCAAUUCGUUCGAAUAAAACUGAAGCAUCUAUUAUCACUGACGAACAGUCCAAUGAACAUCGCCAUUAUCUACACCAAAAACAACAACAACAACAACAACAGCAUCAAGAUGUAACUGAUUCUCAUGACCAAUCAAUAAGUAGUAAAUGUCAAACAACCUCUGUCAGUAAACAUACUUCAAUCAAUAAAAAUGCAAAAUUUCCUGUACAACGUGUUGCACAUUCCAUAUUACAUCCAUUAACUGAUCCAGAGAAAGCACGUUUACGUUUAAGAGAAAUCGAGCGACAAACAAUUGAACGUAAACGUGAAAAAGAACGUAAACGACGGCAUAGAAUAGCUCAAGAAAAAUUCACCAUAAUGGAACGUUUAACUGGUCAAGCUAAAGCUGAACGACUUGAAGAAUUAAAGCCAUCCAAACUUGCUAAUUUUAGACACACUAGUACAGUAAGAUUUGAUAGACCAGCUAGAGAGUUAAUGAUGAUGUGUAUAUUACUUGGAAGAUUUGAAAUGGCUGAAAUAUUCUGGAAUCAAGAGAAGGAACCAAUUGCUGCUGCCUUAGUUUUAUCAAUAAUCAUUGCUGAAUUAGGACAAAAAUCAGAUGAUGUUGCAAAUAGAGAAGAAUAUGAAGAGAAUGCUCGUUUAAGUUCAAAACAUUGUAUUAUGUCAAGUUUUCGGGAAUAUUUUAAGUCAUCGAAUAACAGUAUAACGUACUUAAAAACAAAAACUGAUCAAGAAGAAAAUAAGUCACGAUCGGAAGUUGAAAAUUCAAUCAAAACUCAGCGUCAAUCAAUUCAUUCAGAUGAACCAAUUACACUAACAACAAGAAUUAGUUCUCAAAUUGAACGGAUUCAAAUAUUUUAUCAAGCUCCAAUCAUAAGAUUUGUUUAUAAUACAAUAUUCUAUUUACUGUUCUUGAUUGUCUUUAGUAAAACACUUUUAACAUCGUUGACAGUGAGUUUCUCUUAUUUGGAUAUUUUCACAACACUUAUGGUUGGAUCAUUUCUAUGUGAAGAGUUAAAACAGGCUUUCGGUCCUGGUUCAAGUUUAAAAGAGUACAUUAGUGAUGGUUGGAAUAAAUUAGAUUGUCUUGCAAUCAGUUUAUAUAUUAUUGGUUUAAGUGUUAAAAUUCAUGCUUAUUACAGUUUAAUACGUGAACAAAUUCAUGAAUUAGAAAUUAAUAAUUUAUUUGAUAUAUCCAAUUUCUCAUCAACAUCAUCAUCAUCGUUAUUGUUUAAUCAAACUGAUAUUUAUAAUUUAUUGAACAUUUGUCAAAUGGAUCAAUGUAAUUUAACAAGCAAAUCAUUCAAUUUAUCCAAUGAACAAAUUCAUAUUAUUCAAUCUAUUUUAACAAUUAAAAAUUUACCAAUGUUUAGUGGUUCUGGGCAUUCAUUAAAUCAAUGGACUCCAGAUUUACCAUAUCAUAUAUUAUCGAAUGAUUUAUUCACAACAUCACGUAUAUUUUUUGCAUUCAGUUUAUUUGCAUUCUAUGUACGACUGAUGUAUAUUUUUAGUUUUAGUAUUGUACUUGGACCAAAAUUAAUUAUGAUUAAUAGAAUGGUAGUUCAUGAUCUCUUACCAUUUCUACUGAUUCUUUUGGUAUGUCAAAUUGGCUAUGGCAUUGCAUUUCAAUCAAUUUCAUUCGCUAAUGGAUACUAUAGUGAUUAUGAACAAGAAAGAAUGACUAUAAAUUCAACAUAUCAAUUUAAACCUGGUAUACGUAGUGUUUAUGAUGCAUUUAUGACAUCCUAUUUUCAAAUGUUGGGUGAAUUUCGUUUAGAUGAUUUAGCUGGAGAUGGUUCAUCAUGUCGUGACAAUGGAUUAUGUCCACAAACUUCAUCACGUCGUUUAACAAUAAUUAUGUUAAGUGCAUUCAUUUUAUUAACACAAGUGCUUAUGUUCAAUUUAUUAGUUGCAACAUUUACUUCAACAUAUAAUGAAAUUGAAGGAUCAGCACAAUAUUUUUGGUGUUAUCAACGUUAUGAAAUGAUUCAAGAAUUUGUUGAUCGACCAUCAGUUGCAGCACCAUUUAUGUUACUUUGGUAUUCUGUUGAAUUUACUGGAUUUUUAUUCAGUUUAAUCGGUGGUACUUUAUUUGAUCAUGCUAUGGAAGAUAUUAAAGAUGAUGAUCCAUUUUGUCGAAGUUUACACACUAAUCCAGCAUUGAAUAGUAAAUUAACAAAAUGGGAGCAUAUGAUGGGUACUCGACGAAUUAAAGCCGAUACAGAUGUAGGUGGUGGUCGUAAAUGGACAGGAAGAUCACAUGGGGAUACACAUGCAAUUGUAUUACGAUCUGUGGCAGCGGGAGCAGCUGGUAAAGGUUUAGUUUCCGGAGGUGCUAGCAGUCAUAGAGAUGUUACCAUUGAGCCUGGAUCUUUAUUAGAAGGAAUUGGACCAAUAUUUGGUCCAGACACAGAGUUUAUUGAAGAAAGAUUUCGUGAAUUAGGCAAUCAAAUUGGGAAAUUAUCAACUUUUGAAGAACGUUUGAGUAAAUUACUACAAGGUGCUAAUCGUGUCAUAAGUAUUGUAAAGACUAUUAAGGAACAACAAAAACAAAUAAUAAAAAGUUUAACACCAACCAAUGGUAAACGACUUGUUGGUUGGGGUAAUUCAAACAAGAAAGAUCAUAAAAAUUUAUUAAUUUCAGCUGUUUGUACAGCUGUUACUGGUCUCGAUACACAUUGUACUAUUAUUGAAGAGAAAAUUGAAGAAAAGUUAAGAAUUGAAGAACAAUGCGUUAAAGCUAUUUUAACAAGAAGCAACGGUGAUGAACCUGAACCGGAUACAGUUCUAACCCCCCGCAAGGGACCACCAUCACGUGGUCCACGUGCAACUCCAGCAUCUGGUAAAAUUUAUGAACGUCUCAUUCUAAGUCAUCGAUUAUGGCGUAUAGUUCCAUUUAAUUUUGAAAUAUUUCCCGGAAUAAGAAUGAAUGUACCAUCGGAUAAAAUCAAUUGGAAAAUUCCAUACGAUACAUAUCGAACAUUCACUGUAACCGAUGACAGAAUUGCUUUACCUUAUCCAGAAUUAGAAGAUGGACCAGAAGUUUUACCACAAACAUUACCAUACAACAGUUAUGAUCAUGUGAAAGGUGUAAGUCGAAUGUCAUUACGUGGUCGUGUACGCAUAGUUAGGCAAACAGAUCAUAUAACUGAUCCUAGAACAACUAAUGUAACAUCGAAAACUGCACCGACUAAAACAUCAGCUAAAUUAUCUGAAUAUAUUCCUGUUGGUUAUCCAUUAAAUCCAUGUGGACGUACUGGUUUAACUGGUAAAGGUCUACUACCACAUUGGGGACCGAAUCAUUGUAUUAUUAUAGCGAUUACAAGACCAGAUCCAGGUCAUGCAUAUUAUGAAAGUUUACCAAUUAUUCAAGUGGGCUUACUGCAUAACAAUCAACAAUUAUGUUUACCAUGGUAUUUAACAGAUCAUCGAGAAGAUUGUGAUUUUCAAGAUUGUAGUGCAAAUGUUAUACGCACCUUCAUGCAACGUCGUUUAAUAAAUUUAUUUCCGGAUAAACCGCAACAACAAUCAAUGCUGAUAAGUUUAAGAGCUGCUAGUGUUUCCAUUGCUUAUACUGGUUAUAUCACUGAUCAUUUGAAUGCUGACCAUGCAUGGAUGGAAGGAGUUUUAUUUAAUAUUCAUGAGAAUGAAGAACAUCCAUUUCAACAGGAAUUUUUACAGGUAUUCUUAGAAUCUGAAACUACUGAACAAGUAUUAUGGGUGAAUAUUGGUCGUCUCACUGGAAUACGUUCUAGUCAUGAUGAGUUAUUAGCAAGAAUUGCAUUACAUCGUGGUGCAUUUUAUAGUGAAGCAUUGGCUAAACGACAAUUGAAUCCAACAUCUUGA